UACUAAAAUGUCCGACCAACAGGCUGAUCUGACAGAAAAAAGAGGAAAAGCUUUGGACAUGUGGAUUGAGAUGAAAUGUAUUCGGCUUAUGAGUGGUUUGACACCAGUUUACCCAACGCUUGUCGAUUUGCCUUCAGAAAUUAUUGACCAUGUUCUGGAGAAGCUGGAGCACAUAGAUCGGCUACCGUGCCGAAAAGUGUGCCGAAACUUGAGAUACGCUGUUGAUGAACUUGGGCUUCAUUUUAAAGAGAUUGAAUUGCGACUGAGAAGCCAAGAAAUUAUCCUAAAUUUGGAUAAUCAUCAAGUUGGCUACUCGAACCUAGACGGUUGUUCUAUAGUGACCCUUAACAAACUUGAACCUACUAUCAGCUGCGAAAACUUCAUGAAACUGGCCAUCAAAGAUCUGGAGCUCCUAUCAAAGCAUACAUCAAGGCUUUGUCUUCGAAAUGUCACUGGGAAUAAAGACUAUAAUGUCCAAGCUCUGACCAACACCUUGGAAGCCCCUGUCCAAAUGAAAAAAGUAAUUUUUUGGAGCUUCUCGUUCAAUGAUUUGCUCUCAAUUCUGCCGUAUUUUAACGCAGAAGACAUGGAAUUUAAUAAUAUUCACGCCACGAAAAUUAAAAUUGAAAUGAUUUCUCAUCUGGAACAGUGGAAGCAGGCUAAGAUUGUCUCAUUUUCAAAUUUUACCUUUGGUAGUCAUCUGAUCGAAAACUUUUUUCACUUUGAGAGGUUCACUAUUAAAAUGGAGGAUUUCCCGUUGGAAAGUGCGAUUAAGAUUCGAGAUAAUCUAAUGAAAAGAAUAACAUUUAACAGUUGCCUUAUCGAAUUCCAUGGCGACAAUCGACUUGAGCUUGCAAGAGUUUUCAAACCCGAUUUUACUUUUGGAAUUUGUAAUUUUGAUUAUUUGAAUGAUAACGACACUUUUGGAAUCAAGUGUACAAAACUGGAAACGCAGUAUUUUCUAUUUUCUAUUGUGAGAUUCCUUUGAUGAUUUUUUAUGUUUUUCUAAUUUAUUAAUAAUUUGAAUGUUACUCCGAUUUUCGCCUAAAAAUUUUUUACGUUCUUAACUUCACGUCAGACCAAUAAAAAUAGAUUUUCGGGAAAA